AUGUCAACAUUUCACCUCUUCCCUAAGCUACCACCCGAGAUCCGCAGUCAGAUAUGGGAAUGCGCGCUGCCUACUCUGGAGCCAGGGGUACACUUCUUUAGAGCAGGCUGUUGGGCCCCGCGCUACCUCAGUCCUACUGAUGACGAGUAUGAGCGGGACGAUCCGGAUUAUAACCGUUAUGCGAUGUUUGAUAGUACAAGGAUCAACAAGACAUGGCUGGCGGUAUCCAUCGUUGAUGUGAACCGCGAAGCCCGUCAGGCCGAACUACGCUGGGCACAGGGGCAUCACCUUCAACUGUGCUUUCUACAAGAGCGGCAAGAACUGGUUUUCCUUCGCCAGUACAGUCUUGAAAAAGAUACUCUCUACGUUACGCCUGGGAGAUGGGACAGAUUUGUGCAGGAACUAAUGGCUCCCGAUGAUAUGCGAUUCAUGAACAAUAGCUUUUCGGUUACUUCAUAUAUUGAUCGCAUUGUUAUUCCGGAUUCAUUUUUUGAGGAAGCCAUACCAGCCCUUCUUCAGAUGUCCCAGACCCAUGAUCUGGAAGCACUCGAAACGGCACUAGAGCCUGUCUCGGAUGGUUUCGAUCCGUCAUACCAGUAUGAGCCAUCUGGAAGAUCAAUCGCGAGGUGGAAUUCGGAACUUCAAAGGUUUGAUUUUGAAGCAGGAAAUGAAGAGAUGGACCGCCCGGUAUGGCGUCAACUUCUAAAUCAAGCUGCUGAAGCUUUAGUCGAAAGCUUUGCUGCAUGCCGCCGGGAGAAUGAGCUUUCUAUCAUGGUUGUCCGACUCUACAGGGUAUAA